UUUAGCUCCACACUGGCAAGCACAGGGAGUAUGUCUUUGAUCUCAGCAAUAGUAACAGUCAUAUUCGUCCAUCUAGGAGUUACAACAUUUGCGCAAACAGACGGGUCCGGACCCAGAUGCUUGUCAUGUAACAAUAUCGUGAACCCUGCCACCUGCCGGACUGUCAAAGAGUGCUGGAAUGGGGAGAGCUGUUUCUCGGAAGAACUUCUGGCCGAAAACGGAACAAGGAUUUUCAAUUUCGGCUGCAAAAAGAAUCAGGAAUGUUCCCGACCAAAGCGGUUCCUGUCAAACGGGAUCGUGGUCCACGUGUGCCACCAUUGCUGCCUUCAGGAUCUCUGCAAUCUGAAUGCCUGUUUCAGCACAGUCGAUUUAGCGUGUUACAGCUGUCGUGACAAAGCGGAUCCUAGAGAUUGUUUCGGAAUCCAGCUGUGCGCGGAUAACGAGUUCGUGUCUACUGCCGCUGCCGGUGACGUAAGAGGAUUGUCACACUUGCCGGUGACGUAA